AUGAUCGUGAAAAAGGAACCGUGGCCGAAACAUCACGCUUUUGCUCGACUCACUGCUCACAUUGACUUAGAAGGAGUCAUUCGAGUAGGAGGUAGACUCGAGAAUUCAUCACUCACCCAAGAGAACAAACAUCCUGCAAUACUACCUCGCUCAUCAGAACUCACAAAACUCAUCAUCUCCGAUGCUCAUCAACGAACUCUACAUGGUGGCACUCAUGUUACGCUUGCAUUCAUAAGGCAACAAUUUUGGAUCCUCGGCGGUAAACAACCAGUGCGCUCAUACAUUUACAAGUGCAUUCCAUGCGCUCGUCAACGUGCUCAGAGAGCUCAUCAACUCAUGGGACAACUCCCAGAACCACGAGUGACUCCAUCACCUGCAUUCACCCAUACUGGUGUCGACUAUGCCGGUCCAAUAACACUCAAGACCUGGAAAGGUAGAGGAGCAAAUACAAGUAAAGGUUGGAUCUGUGCCUUUGUUUGCUUAGCCACAUCAGCUGUGCAUCUGGAAGCUGUUAUAGACUACUCUUCCGAAGGAUUUAUCGCUGCCUUUCGACGGUUCAUCGGUCGACGAGGGCUCCGUUGCAUUCUUUCUAGCGACUGUGGGACAAAUUUUCUCGGAGCUGCGACAGAAAUCACUCAUCUCUUUACUCAAGGCACUCAAGAAUUCACCAAACUAAUGCAUUCAUUUAAUAACGACAGAAUCACGUGGAAAUUCAUUCUACCCUCAGCCCCACACAUGGGAGGAAAGUGGGAGGCUGUUGUAAAACUCAUCAAAACUUAUUUUAGUAAAACAAUUAGAGAUAUACAAGUGGAAGCAGUAUUGAACUCCAGGCCAUUGGAAAAACUCACUGAAGAUCCAGACGAUCUUGCUGCACUCACUCCAGGUCAUUUCCUAAUAGGAAGACCGCUCAACACGCUAUCAGAACCAUCCUUAAGGGACAUAAAUCCAACCAGACUCAAGACUUAUCAACUCAUUCAGCAGAAGCUUCAAGACUUCUGGACUGAAUGGAGCUCAAGUUAUCUCCAGGAACAGCAAUCAAUUAGUAAAUGGCAAACUAAGGCCAAAAACAUCAACGUUGGUUCAUUAGCACUCAUCAUCGACGAUCGGUUCCCUCCGACCAAAUGGCCACUCGCACUCAUCAUCGACUUACAUUCUGGCAAGGAUGGGCUCACCAGGGUCGUAACAGUCAAAACAGCUACGACUGUCCUCAAACGUCCGAUCACCAAACUGGCGAUACUCCCGUUGGAGCUCGACGACCCUGCAUCAACAUCACAGCACUUAACCCCACCUCCAACAACGAAAUAA